GGCGCUGAACUCUCGCGUGUUUUUGCUGACCAGCGUUUUGUGUACAUUCGAGGGAACCGACCGAGGAACGAGCGGUCCAAGUCACCGGGGGAAUCCAAAUGACGUCUACAAAACAGAAGACGUCGCGGAAUAAGGACGACGCCCCCCAUGAACUAGAAAGUCAGAGCAUUCUGAGGCUUCCACCGGAAUACGCGUCUACGGUGAGGCGGAUGGUCCAGUCCGGAAAUGUCAGCACAAAAGACCGACUUUCCAUCGAGUUACAUCCGGACGGACGUCAUGGGAUUGUGCGGGUGGACCGGGUUCCCCUCGCGGCAAAGUUGGUGGACAUCCCGUGUGUGACGGAGUGUUUGAAAACAAUCGACAAGAAGACUUUCUACAAAACCGCAGACAUCUGUCAGAUGCUGGUUUGCACCUUGGAUGGGGAUCUCUAUCCCCCCCUGGAGGAGCCGACGGGAACAAGCGAUCCGAAGAGCAACAAGAAGAAGGACCGGGACCGAGAGAAGAAGUUCAUAUGGAAUCACGGAAUAACCUUACCGCUGAAGAAUGUGCGCAAGAGACGCUUCAGGAAAACCGCCAAGAAGAAGACUCAGUACAUCGAAUCCCCGGAUGUGGAGAAGGAAGUGAAGCGCCUCCUGAGCACGGAUGCGGAAGCGGUCAGUGUUCGGUGGGAGGUGAUCGCCGAGGACGAGUCCAAGGAAGGAGAAAACCUCACCGGAUUGGACAGUUCUCCCGUGUCCUCCGGAAUAAAACAAGGGCGUAGGUCUUCAAUGGGAAGGGAUGAACUGCGUGAAAUAUUCAACGACCUGAGCAGCAGCAGCGACGGCGAGGAAGAACGGCAAGAAGAGGAAGACUUGAACAUCAUGGAAACCGAAGACGACCAAAGAAAGGGUCAAGGCGGCCAGGAAGGCGGCACCAACCAGAUAGUGCUGGAAUUGCAGAAACAAGCUGAAAACCUACAAAAGAAAUUGCGAGAAACGCAGGAGAGAAGGAAACGCCAAGAAGAGCUUAUAAUGAAGGUGGAAAACCUGGCUCUGAAGACACGUCUGCAAGCUGUGCUGGAUGAAUUCAGACAGCAGGAGGAACGGGAGAAGCAACAGGUGACGUCUUUGGAGGAGCAACUUGAGGCCCUGAUAGAGAAGUAACAAUGCAACCUGUACCUGUCUGCAGCCGCCGCCGCAUUGUAUUCACUUUUUUGCGAUGGACUUGAACUGGUAAUGAGGAUUUUUUUGCUGUACCGUAUUUCAUAUUAUUCCCGAGAUGAAACCUCUACAAAGAUUACAAGAGCAGAUCUGUGGACUGUAUGAAUGUAAUAUAGACGGGGAAUUACUGAAGUGAUAAAAUACGCGCCGAUUUUAUCCGUUUUGG